GCUAACGUAAGCAUACGCCAACAGUAAACGCCCAAUUGUUUUCAUGUUUCUAGUAAAUACAAUCAAAGUAAACAAUGAAAAUGACAAUUGCCGAUGUUUUGAGGAAAAUCGAUGCUUAUCCAAAGACUCUGGAGGAUUUCCGAGUGAAAACGUUCAGUGGAGCACUGGUUACCAUCAUAAGUUCUGUCAUAAUGGCUCUACUUUUCUUCUCGGAACUCAGAGAUUAUCUAACACCUAAUUUGAACGAGGAAUUGUUUGUCGAUACCUCGAGGAGUUCGAAGUUGAGGAUUAAUUUGGACGUUGUUAUUCCCACAAUUUCCUGUGAUUUGUUAUCAUUAGAUGCCAUGGAUACCACUGGUGAGCAGCAUCUCCAAAUAGAGCAUAAUAUUUACAAGAGGCGGUUGAAUUUGGAAGGAAAGCCCAUUGAAGAGCCAAAGAAGACAGAUAUCGCUGAGACGAAAGUAACGAAGAGUGAUACAGAGUCUCACGAAACUUCCACUGAAGCCCAAUGUGGGGACUGCUACGGAGCUGCAAGUGAAGAGUUGGGCAUAAAAUGUUGUAACACUUGUGAAGAUGUGAGAGAAGCCUACAGAAAAAGAAAAUGGGCCUUUCCCGAAGUCUCCACGAUAAAACAGUGUCAGAAUGAUAAAUCUGCUGAGAAAAUGAAGAACGCUUUUCUCGAGGGAUGCCAGAUUUACGGAUCCAUGGAAGUUAAUAGAGUUGGCGGUAGUUUCCACAUUUCACCUGGUGAUAGCUUCUCUAUUAAUCAUGUUCAUGUUCACGACGUUCAACCCUUCGCCUCGAAUCAAUUCAACAUGACCCAUAAAAUUCGUCACCUAAGUUUCGGAGUAAACAUCCCAGGAAAGUCAAAUCCAAUGGACAAUACGACUGUCAUGGCUGAAGAAGGUGCAAUGAUGUAUCAGUACUACAUAAAAAUCGUUCCAACGACGUAUUUUCGUGCUGAUGGAGCUCAACUACAAACAAAUCAGUUUUCAGUGACGAGGCAUUCAAGAAAGAUUGCCAUGUUCAGUGGUGGCUCCGGAAUGCCAGGGAUCUUCUUCAGUUAUGAACUGAGUCCCCUAAUGGUGAAAUACACGGAGAAGAAAAAAUCCUUUGGGCACUUUGCGACAAAUGUUUGUGCAAUAAUCGGCGGUGUGUUCACAGUCGCUGGGCUAAUUGACACUUUCUUGUACCACUCGGUUCGAGCGAUACAGAAGCAAGAACUAGGAAAAUUCAGUUAGAGACAUUCCAAAAUUAUGUUCAAGCAAUUCGUACAAUUGUACAUUACCGAAAUCUACUAUUUAAUUGUCUUCAAGUCUGAACUUUGUAUUUUAUUAAAUCAAAAUGAAUAUAAUAAGAGAGUUGAGAGGAAGACUU